AUGACUGUGAUGAUUGACAAUUGGAUUGCUGAGUGUGACCAAUGUCAACGUGAGGGAAAGACUCUGGGUACAGUUGCACCACUCCAAACAAUAAAGGUGUCUGCUGUUUGGGAGCUGCUGGGGAUUGACCUAACUGGGCCCUUCCCCAAAACUACUGAUGGCUAUCAAGCUUUGAUGAAGUUGGUGAAUGAGCAGCAGAACAACUGGGACACAUUCCUUGAUGCCACACUGUUCUCUUUGAGGUCAAAGGUGCACAUCUCAACCAAACACACCCCAUUCCAGUUGAUGUAUGGGCGGGAGGCUGUGUUCCCCUCAGAGGUGCCUGUAGAUUAUCCUGACACUCUGCUCUGGAGAGCAGCUUCAGGUAUCCUCGAGAAGGUAGACGCGUGA